AUGGCGCUGCUCUCACUCCUUAUCGGCGCAGUCACCCUUGGGAUAAUACAUCACUAUCUGCUACAGCCUCUUUACUUCAGUCCGCUCAGUCGAAUCCCAGGGCCGACAAUCUAUGCCCUGACGAAAUGGCGUCUAGCAUGGGAAGACUGGUGUGGCCGUCGAACAAGGACCAUUCACAAACUCCACGAACAAUAUGGCCCCGUCGUCCGUAUCGGACCCAAUGAAGUCCACUUCAACUCCCUCUCUGCUCUACGAACGAUCUAUGGACCGGGUAGUGGCUUUGGUAGAACAGAUUUCUACUGGAUGUUCGAUGUUUAUGGAAAGCAGAAUCUCUUCACGUUCCAUUCAUCGCAGGACCACGGGGAUCGUAAGAAGCUGCUGGCUAAUGCUUAUAGCAAGUCGAACGUCAUUAGAGGCCCUGUUGCCGAGAUGGUCUCCGAGAGGAUCCAGGAUUAUUUGUCGUUGAUCGAAGACAAGAAAGGGGAGCCUGAUGAGAUUUUCUCCUCGCUGCAUUAUUACUCUCUCGACUCGAUCACCAACUUCCUGUACGGACCGAGCAGUGGCGGGACGGAGGCGAUGAAAGGCAACCAAACCCACAGAGCACUGCUAGGUGACAUCCUAGAUCCGGCGAGGCGAAGGCUGAGUUGGUUUGCCGUGCACUGUCCAGCGUUCACGAAGUGGCUCUACACAAGAAUCGGACUGCUUGGAAGAGUUGUCGCGCCGCUUCUGCCUAUGAGGAAGCCGGCUACGUAUACAGGCAUCAGAGCACACGCGCUCAAGGCUAUGCAGGACUGUAAAACUGAGGCUAAGAGUGGUGCUUUGAGCGGCAAUACCAUCAUCGGACGAUUGUUCAAAGCUGUAUCAGCCGGCAUGGCGGACUUGAAUGAUCUUGAGAUCGCGUCUGAGGUGGCGGAUCACUUCCUCGCCGGAAUCGACACGACAAGCGACACCCUCAUGUUCCUCAUCUGGGCGCUCUCCCUCCCCGAAAACCACCACUUCCAACACCGCCUCAUCGCCGAAGCCCAAAAAAUCCCCCAAUCCUCCCUCGACAUCCACGGCGCACCCACCGUCGAAGCCGCGGACAGACUCCCCUUCCUCGACGCCGUCAUCAAGGAGACGCUUCGCCUCUACGCCCCUCUCCCAGCUUCCGAACCACGGCAGUCCUCGGUCGACACCACCAUCGACGACUACGAGAUCCCAGCGGGAACGGUCGUGUGCAUGGCUCCGUACAGUCUUCAUCGGAACGCGGAGGUUUUUCCGGAGCCUUGGAAGUUCGAUCCGGAUCGUUGGUUGGGGGAGCCGGAGCAGGUGGCGGAGAUGAAGAAGUGGUGGUGGGCGUUUUCGUCGGGCGGGAGGAUGUGUAUCGGGAUGCAUCUCGCUUUGGCGGAGAUGACGUUGGUUCCUACGGUUUAUCGCAAGUACAAGACGCGCAUCGCGCCGUCGUCGAGCGGGCUUGCUACUGGUAUUACUUCGAGGUUUGAGAUUUUUGCUGAUGAUACGUAUGAGCGUGUGGAGGAACAUACCUGCAACAUUGAGUUCGUAAGGAAUUAA